AUGAAGUUUGUUUACGCCGCCGCCGGAGCUUCCCUCGUGGGCAGCGCCCUCGCAACACUGCCCGCCAUCGAGGCUAAGGGCAACAAGUUCUUCUACUCCAACAACGGAACAGAAUUCUUCAUUCGCGGUGUUGCCUACCAACAGGAGUACCAGGCCAACGGCACAGCUUCCCAGAACUCCGACUACACCGAUCCUCUGGCCAACGUGGACAACUGCAAGCGUGACAUUCCCUACCUGAAGCAGCUGCGCACCAACGUCAUCCGUACCUAUGCUGUCGAUCCCUCCCAGAACCAUGACGAAUGUAUGAAGCUCCUGGACGAUGCCGGCAUCUACCUGAUUACCGACCUGUCUGCGCCAUCCGAGUCCAUCAACCGCGCGGACCCCGCCUGGAACACCGACCUGUACAAGCGCUACACCAGCGUCAUUGACGCCUUUGCCAACUACACCAAUGUUAUUGGCUUUUUCGCGGGUAACGAGGUCGCCAAUGACAACAACAACACCAACUCGAUUGCCUACGUGAAGGCUGCCGUGCGUGACAUGAAGUCGUACAUCAAGACCAAGAACUACCGCUCCUCCCUGGCUGUCGGAUACGCCACCGAUGACGACGCCAGUAUCCGUGCCGACUUGGCCGACUACCUUGUCUGCGGUGAUAAGGCGAGCUCUAUCGACAUGUUCGGCUACAACAUCUACGAGUGGUGCGGUGAUUCUUCCUUCGAGAAGUCUGGCUACAAGGACCGUACUGAGGAAUUUGCCAACUACCCUGUCCCUGCUUUCUUCUCUGAGUACGGCUGCAUUGACCCCAAGCCUCGCAAGUUCACCGAUGUUCCCACUCUGUUCGGUCCCCAGAUGAACGACGUCUGGAGCGGUGGUAUUGUCUACAUGUACUUCCAGGAGGCCAACGACUACGGUCUGGUUUCGGUCAACGGCAACAAGGUCCAGACCAAGGAUGACUUCUCCUAUCUGUCCUCUGAGAUGCAGAAGGUGACGGCCACCGGUGUGAACAGCGCAAGCUACUCCGCCAACACUGCCACACCUACCUGCCCUUCGGUCGGCACCAAGUGGGAAGCCUCCAACAAGCUGCCUCCUACCCCCAACAGUGAGCUGUGCGACUGCAUGGUCCAGACUCUGGGCUGCGUGGUGAAGGAUUCUGUGGACGAGAAGAGCUACGGCGACCUGUUCAACUACCUCUGCGCCGCCGGUGUUUGCGGUGGAAUCAACUCCAACUCGACCAGCGGUGACUACGGAGCUUACAGCGUCUGCAGCCCCAAGCAGCAGCUCUCCUUCGUUAUGAACCAGUACUACAAGAAGAACAACAAGGCUGCGACCGCCUGUGACUUUAAUGGCAAGGCCCAGACCCAGAAGGCUGCUGAUGCCGCGGGCUCUUGCUCCUCUCUGAUCAGCCAGGCCGGAACUGCUGGCACUGGUUCCGUGACCGCCGGUGCCACUGGCGGCUCCAGCAGUGCCAGUGCGACUUCCAAGGGAGCCGCUGGUGUUGCCGCUAGCCCCAUGGCUGUCAAGGUUGGCAACUGGCAGUUUGGAGCCUACAUUGCCACCGCUCUCUUUGCCGGUGUCGGUAUGCUUGUGCUGUAG